UCGGGGGGGUUCGACGGCCCGCAGCCGGGGGGGGGGGGGGGGGGGGGCUGCGGGGUUUAUCGAAGGGUUGUGGGACGGGGAUACGAGGGCGGCAGCCAGUCGAUGGGGGGGGGGUUGCCUGAGGCCACGCGUUUGGGGGGGAGGAGGCGGUUGCGAUUGUUGACUCGCGAGGCGGCGAGGGCGGCCGUCAUGGGGAGGUCACAGCAGCGUCAGCAUGAGCCUGCCCCUGACCAUGUGCAGGACACAUUCAGGGGUCGCUCCCCUGUGUGCCGUUACCUGGUUGUCGGCCAGAACGUCGACAAUAAGGGGGUCAUGAUGCUGCAUUGCAUUUUUUGCAACAAAGUAUUUCACGGGAGCCAAUUCCAGGCGACGAGGCAUUUCACGCAGACGAACUACUGCAAGGACGUCAGCGACGAGGCUUUGUACGAGAUCGCGCGACGGAGUCAACAGAAGUUCGAGAGCGAUCAAACGGAGAGGGUUGCCAGGUACGCGGCGGAGCGCGGAGUCGAUGUGCCUGGCACGGGUGGUGUGAGGGGGGGAGAGGCGGGGCGACAGCCCGUGGAGGGAGCGUCAGGAGGGGUCGGAGGAGAUGGUGGAGGUGGAGACAGGGAGGAGGGCGCAGUCGACGUCGAUCGUGAGUCGCGUGUCCCGGGCGAGCAGGGAGUCCCGGGACACGAGGAUGUGCCUGAGGUUUAUCCAGGCACUGGGGUGAGGAUGGAUGACUUUUUGAGGCGAGCAGCCAAGGCACCUGUAUGGGAGGGUUCUUCCAAGAGGAAGGAAGGUGGAACAGAUCCGGCCGCCGCCCCAGCUGGGAAGAGGCUUCGCCAGCAGAAGGUCACUAACGUCUACGCGGAGAGGAACUGGGCAGUCCACGAGGGCAUUCACACGAAGAAGCGCAACCAGUUGGCCUUUGAGAAGGUCGUUCAGCUCGUUGAGAUCACCGCGAAUGUGCGGUUGUCGGAGUAUCGGCGGGUUGGGUGCAGUUAUGUGCUGCCAUGGCAGCGGGACGAGGGCAUGCUAGACUGCCAGGCCGGAGUAGAGUUGGCGCCAGUGCGCACGGGCACGCGCAGGGGGAUGACGUCGGAGGAGAUUGCCCGUCAGGUUGCGCUUAUCACCUGGGAUCCCAUCGGGAUCGACGAGCCGCACGAGGAUCCUGAGGGGGAGACCAGGGCGACUACUGCACGACGGGCGGCGGAAAGGGCGGAGAGGGAGAUGAUGGGGGGAGAGGAGGAGUUGUGGGGACCGUUCGGGGAGGUCGCUUCCACGGGCGGCACAGGAGCGUGGGCGACGAGCCCCGCUCCGACGAGGCGGGAGUCGUCCGUGCCGCCACCUUCUGCUCCGAGUCCUCCACCGCCAUCGCCCGUUGCGCCAUAUGAGCCGACCAUAGUAGCAGAGGACACAGAGGAGUUGGCGUCCUCUUUGCCUCAGCGCGGACUGCUCCACAGAGGCGGGGUAGUCCGACAGCUGAGGUUACGAUCAGCUUCUCCGAGGGUCUUGCACGAGGAGGGGGGACCGUCGGCCACAGCAUUGGAGGGGGAGAUGGCAGUGGAGGGGGGAUUGGCGGACACGACGAUUGCAGGUGUGGUGGACCAGAUAGCUGUAGCAACAGCGACUUCAUUGCUAGAGGAGAUGGCAGCUUCAGUGUUGGCGGAGGAGGCACCAGCGCCAGGGGGAGCAGAUGCAGUGGAGAGGCAGGCGGGAGCAGCUGGAGGAGCAGCGGGAGGAGCAGCCGGAGGAGCAGCUUCACUGGAUGGGCUUGUGGCUGCAGCAGCAACAACAGUUGGAGGAGCAGAUGCAGUGGAGGGGGGAAUGCCAGGAGCAGUGGAGGAGGAGAUAGGGGCGCAGGCGGAGGUGUCACGUGGGGGCGGCGACGAGCGCCUCAUGCAGCAGUUCCUCACGGAGUAGUACGAUCCAGUCAUGGCGGGUAUGACCCCAGGUGUGGCGAGGGGGUUGGGGAUGUCGGAUUCGCAGAUGGGGAGCCACCUAGACUUAGAUUUGUCGAUGGGACUUCCACCUAGUUGCGGCGGGGCGACAUCGACGGAUCGCGCUCCAUCGAGGGACGACACGGCUGGAGAGAGUCUCACGCAGCCCCAGAGAG